CAACGACCUCAAAACGUUGUACAAAUGCAUAAGCCUUUGUCUUCCUACAGCUAUACCAUGCAUUAGCAAAGAAAACUCGUCUUCACAUUACUGCUUUUUGUUAUUUGUUAUGGGGUAACUUCCCAUGCAAUUGAUAUAUAUAAUCGUGCUGUGCGUAUAUGUUUCGUUUCCUGUCUUCCGUGUGUCAGCCUUGUGAUUGCAGUCAUUACCCGGAAGUAGUAGACUGACUGACGAACCGACAUUUGUUGUCAUUUUAUUUGCAAGCUAGUCAAAUACUGGCUGCAGUCAUUUAGCUCAUUAGUUUACACGCACACGUUUAGUGACCAGCACAUGAAUGGCGAGAGCGGUGGUGGCAGCGGCGGGACCGACGUCUCUGUCCCGGUUCAGGGGCGCUCUGGUCGCGGCUGUGCUGGGCGACUGUGUCGGGGGAGAGUUCGAGGGAGUUGAGGAGGUUCCCAUGGAAAAUGUACUGCAACACAUGAACAGUUUGGACGACGAAACGAAGGGAAAUGGUAUCCUUGAAUACAGUGACGACACGGCUAUGGCUCGUUGUGUGGUCCAGUCUUUGCUCACCCGGUCUGGCUUCGAUGAGCAAGACAUGGCUCGCAGGUUUGCAAAGGAGUACAGCAUAUCCCCCGGUCGAGGUUAUGGUUCUGGAGUGAUCCAGGUGUUAAAGAAAUUAGCCUCUCCUCACCUCACAGAUGUGUACCAGCCAGCUAGGGAUCAGUUCAAUGGUCGGGGUUCUUUUGGGAAUGGUGGCGCAAUGAGGGCGGCCCCCUUUGCUUUGGCCUUUCCUGAUCCAGCUGAUGUUAAAAAGUUUGCUCGUCUGGGCGCGAUGCUGACUCAUUCUUGCUCCCUCGGCUACAAUGGGGCAGUGUUGCAAGCAUUAGCUGUCCACCUUGCCCUCCAGGGUGCGUUGGACCUGCCUCAGAUGUUCAUCAACACGCUCAUCACAGAGAUGGAGGAAGUUGAGGGGGAUGAGGUGUCACGCAACGAUGCCAGAAUCCUGAAGGAAGCGGAGAAGCCGUUCUGUCACCGCCUUCAUCGAGUCAGAGAUUUGAUGAACACGAGCAAGGUCACCAUAGAGGAGGUCAUCUCAGAGCUGGGUAAUGGUAUUGCAGCACUCCAAUCAGUACCAACUGCCAUCUUUUGUGUUGUCCAUUGCCUGCAACCAAGGGAAUACCUUCCAGAAAACUAUGGUGGACUGGAGCGGACAAUAGCCUACAGUUUGGCUCUCGGAGGGGACACAGACACCAUAGCCUGCAUGGCAGGGGCCAUCGCCGGAGCUCACUAUGGCAUUGAGGUCAUUCCUCAACCUUGGAUCCGCUGCUGUGAGGGGGCAGAUGAUGCAGAUGUGAAUGCAGAGCGGCUUCACAUGCUCUACCAUCAAGUAUCGCAAGUGAGGGAGAAAAGAACAGGUGACCAGAGCAAUGAAGACUCAUCUGACAACUGUCAAAAGUCUUCAAAUGGCACAGAGAAGUAAUAGCACAUGGAAAAACGCGACACAUUUUUUUUCUAGACUGAACUGUUCACUCUUACAGUCAUCUCAGACUCUGUAAUUAAUAGGAAGUAUUUGGUUUUAGGAAACGAGGUAAGGACAUUAACCCCUUGAUGCCUGAAUUUACAUCGAACUCUUUCAGUGCCAUUGACAAUGCUAGACGUUCAAUCAUGCGGCGUAACAAUCAUCCUUGCGCUGUGAUUUGAAAUAAGUUUGUCGUCAGAAGACGUCCAAUCCAUUUGAAGUGGGAGGGUUGCGACGUUCAUUCCAUGCUAGCACUUGAAAUGGAUUGGACGUCUAUUGCCGUCAAUAACAGCCGUUGAGUUAACAAAUAUACAUUAAGCGUUGGAGGAAUACAUGCUGUCAGUGCAUAAAAAUUAGUGUUGAUUAAAACAUAUUAAUUAUAAAAAAACAAACUUAAAAAAAAAAAUCCAGCUAAAAACGGGGAAAGUCCUUAAAAAAAAUUAAAGAUGAAAAAAUAAGUACCGUAAUUUUCGGACUAUAAGCCACUACUUUUUUCCUUCAUUUUGAUACCUGUGGCUUAUAGUCCAGUGUGGCUUAUUUGUUGAUUUUUUUCAGGUAACACUUUAUUUGACAGCGGUGUCAUAAGACUGUCAUAAGAUCAUCAAAAUUAUGACAUGACACUAUCAUAGACAUUACUGAAUGCUUAUGUCAUUAAGUGUCAUUUGGCAAAUUAUGUCACUAACUCAAUUUUUGUCCAUCUUGGAUCUUUUGCAUCCAUUCAAAAGUGAGAUCAUUUGCCGGAUAAAUGGUAAAUGGUGUUAUACUUAUAUAGCGCUUUUCCACCUUUCAAGGCACUCAAAGCGCUUUACACUAUCUCGCCAUCUACCUACUGGUGACGCAGCACCAGGAGCAAACACUUAAUGACAUCUGUUAUAACCAUUCAUAAAUGCUCAGGACCAAGACAUGUCAUAAUUAUGAUUGUGUAAUGACAGUCUUAUAGCACCACUGUCAAAUAAAGUGUUAGCAAAUACCAUAACUAGCAAUUGAUGAAACAAUUGGAACAGUAACUGAAGAAAUAUUUAGCACAGAACAUGAUUUUUGAUUGUUAUUUGCAUCUGUAGCGCUGCAAUGCAUGCUAAGAGGCAUGUUGGAUGACAGCAGUCAACAGCAGGUGGCAACAGAGGUUGACUGUCUCCCCUGAGGGAGCAGUGAUGUCCAAAUGAAGCUUCUUGAAGCAAUAAAGCUCUGCAGUAAUUGGUUCAAAGUUUAAUGAUGGUUCAUUUGGUCUUAUGACACUCGGUCGUAUGGUGCCGCUGUCAAAUAAGGUUGUACCGGUUAAUAUCUUUUGGUGUAAAUAUCCCAUGAUACAGUGAGGACAGCUGCGGCUUAUAGUCCAGUGUGGCUUAUCUAUGAACAAAUGUCAUUUUCGUGCCAAAUUUGGUGGGCUGCGGCUUAUAGUCAGGUGCGCCUUAUAGUGCGAAAAUUAGGGUAUAUAGUGGUACCUCAACAUACAAUCGCUUCGACACACGAUCUUUUUGACAUCCGACGAAAAAUUUGACACACCAUUUGUUUCUACAUCCGACGACAUGCUCAAAAUACAACGACUUCUGACAGCACCGAAAUUUCUUUGUUUUCCCGCAAGACGGACGCAAGGCAGAUUUUCUUUUGAGAGAAAUCAACAUGGGUUCCAAGGUUAGUGCAGCUGGUGAAAAAAGGAAAAAGGUGGUGCUUACCAUUGAAAUGAAGAUGAAAUGACAGAAAAAUAUGAGCGUGGUGUGCGACAAAAAAAUCGCCAGCUUCAUCAGAUUUUUAAUAAUUUAUUUCUAAACUUGUGCAACACAACAUGCCUACUGUCCGCCACAGUUGACGCUAACAACAACAUUAAAAGAGAAAGUAAAAUCUCUCACCGUCACGUCAGCCACACGGUGCGUUCAGGUACAGCACGCAAAACACAUCCGCCACAUUUGAAGCCGAUUUGUUACAUUAUUACAGGAAUUGUUAUUGUUACAUUGUAUUAUUAUUACGAUUUCUAUUUAUAAUUUGUUUGGUAUGUGUAAUUGUGAAUUAAAAUGUGAUCAAAUAUAACAUUUUAUGUACUUAUGUAAUCCUCCAAUGCUUUUUUUAUGAAUACUUGUUAAAUGUGAAUUCAGGUGGCAAGGAGUUGAAGGAGAUAUGUUCCCUUUUUUUCAUAAUUUAAGUGUUCCUAGGUGUCUCUGACAUGAUUUUUCAAAAACAGGAUUAUGGCUCUCUUUCACAGUCAUCUUUCCGAGCUCACACGGAAUAUUGACUUCUAUAGCCGCAAAUGGAAGUCAGUUGAGUUUUAACAUCCAUUUGUUACACUUUGACUCCACUCUAAAGUACUACUUUUUGUGGGUGGCUUUGCUGUUCAAAUCAUUUAUAUUUUUACCCAGCGUAGCUGCUAAGUAAUGGGCAGAGAUGGUUACUGUGUAAAUUAACUGCACUUUUGUAUUGCAGUGUGGCAAAAUAUAGAACAGUUCGCUCACAGACUGAAUUUCAUAAAAUAGGCCAUACUUACCAACCAAACUUACCAUAUGGCACUUACUUGUUAUAUUGCUGAUAGAAGUGUGGCAGACAGAUACUGCAUUUGUGUACAAGCUUACAAUCUGUAAGUAAUUGUGAUAAUGGCUUGGUCAGACACUGCUUAACUUAUUGUCUGCCAUUGAUGGCGCUAAACGAACAUUCGGAGCCACCCUCACGCUUCAAAUAAAUUGGAUGUCUACUAUUGAUGAACUAAUGGCGUACCGCAAGCAACACGUCACUUCCGCUCAUUAAUAUUCAUGACGUUAGCUACUUUUGCUAAGGGAGGACACGCCACCGUUUGUCACCAAUAGGAAAUGGAUGGAAAUCGUGUACGAAGGAGAUGUUUACAAAGCUAAACCUACCAAUUCUCUCCGAAAAUGAUGUCCCUGGUGCCAAAUUCACUUGCAAAGAUGUGGAAGAACAUAAAAAUGUUCAGUUAAAGAGAUGGCUUGAGUGUUGAGGGCCGAAAAAGACGAAAAAAACGAGCCGACCUUAGCAUAGUCUUAGCUCUUUUAUCGACACCCUUUUUCUUACGGGACUGACAAUGGCAUUCUUCUGUUUCAACAAGCUAUCUUUUACCACCAGCCCUGUCUUUCCUAUAUAUUAUAUUCUCUGCUUGUCCUACGUCUCUGACCGUUCUCGGGGGUAAUUUAUAUUUUAUGUAGCGAUCGCAAAUGCGACUCAGUGACAGACAACGAACACUUUUAAUUUUUUCAUUGAUAACAAAUCUUAAUUCUAUAAUUUACACUUCCCCCCUUACUAAAGUUGUUUUAUAUGUAUAUAGGCAGUCAGAUACAAUUUUAAUUCUUUUCAGGUCAUUCAUUGUCAGACAGAAGCAGCACAGCACAACGUCACGCAAAAAAAAAAUAAGUUGAAAAUAUCGAAAUGGCUUACUUCUUUGUCCUCUGAAAGUCCAUGCCAACAAAAGUUUUACUGCUUAAGAAAUGUGAAUGGAUUCACCGAGCUGACGUUAAAAGUCCGCGCAAGUUGAUUCAUUCUUCACAUUUUUUCCUCCGAGUUUUUGGUUUCGGGAAACGUAUGAAGAAAACAUCCUUCGUAUGUCGUAAUGUCUAGAGUCGUUUCUACAAGUUCCAAAAAAGGAAUGUGUGAUCGGCAUGUUCGUUUUUGAAAGAUUACCAGAGAAAAGUAGCAGAAUCACAUUGUUUCUAUGCGAGGGCGGGUCUAUAAUGUCCCACUGCUGCUGUACUUCCGCUUUACGAUGCAACGUCACGGUUUAAAAAUGGCAUGCGUGCGGUACGCCAUUAGAGGGAGGGUGAAUCUUGGCCAGAGAAAGAACACAUUUUAUUUUUUACCUUAUUGACUACAUAUUAACACCACUAGCGGGAGGGUGGCAGCAAAUGAACGGUGUCAGUCCUUCCACUUCAAAUGGAUUGGACGCCUUACUAGUGAUAAACUCUUUGAAAUUCACAGCAGAAGGAUGAUAGGAUGCCACAGGAUUGGAUUAUUGGUUUAUCAUCAUCUUGGGAAGGGCGACAAGUGCUCCUUUUUAAUAGCAGCGUGUGUAGCCAUCUUGGGUCCUGCGACCAGUAGUUGGAAACACAAUCUCAAAAAGUACAUAUUGUACAGCAUCGGCACGUUAUUUCUUAGUACUCCCCAAUACCAAUCACGUCGCCUAAGUGAGGUAUCAGUACCGUUACUAGUAUCACUGUAUUACAUUAUGAAAGUUUUUUCUUCUUUUUUAAUACUUCACGCUCGUUUUUAUUUUCUUAUCAUUAUUAUUAUUUAAAAUGUAUUUUUCUCUUUUUGGGGUGAAUUCACCCGUGGAAAUGAUGUGAUGGCACUUUUUUAGCGUUAAUUUGAAUUUGGGGCUGUUUGAAAAGAAGAAGAAAAGAAGCAUUUUUCAAUGGGCAUCAUUUGUUUUUUGCUAUGAUCAUUCUAGCCUAGUCCCUGUCAACCUGCGAAUAAUGGGGGUCCUUUGUACAUAGGUCUUUUUUCCCCUUCAAAACACCAGCAUUUCUUCAACAUGUACGCCAUUAUAUUGCUGUUCUUCCCUGUUUUGUGUCAAACAAUAUUUUGUCAUCAUGUAAAAGUUGCACAAUGACUUGUUUGUGUUUUUUGAUUGAGUCAUUUUCAUGAGAAACUAUUAUUUAAUAAAACGUUAAUAAUUUGCAGAAUCUGAGUUGGUAUUUAAACUUAAAAACCUCAGAGAAAUCCAUCACAGAUACAUGUAGAAAAUGUAGCCGGGAAAGCUAGCCUGACUUUCGCCAUGUAUCUUGUACAUGACAAAAUUCAGGGGCCGUUUACACAUAAACAUGAACAGUAGGCAUGUGGCGAUCGUUUCUGAAGGUAUGAUAAGCCUUAAGCCAAAAUAUCACACUAUUGCAAUUACAGCUCUAAAAUGUAUCACUUUGAGAUAUCUGGAUUAAAAAAAAAAAUUUUUUUAAUCAGUUGAACAGGAUAUAUGUUUUUCAACACAUAUUAGCAAAUUGUAACAUAAUUAUAAUGUAAAGUUAAAAUAAAAAAAAUAUGUAUAUUCCAAAUAAAAUUAAAAUAAAUGCAGUCCUUUAGGUAGCCUAAACCCACAGUUUAACAUUAUUACCAUCAGAACAAAAAUAAUUUGGAUUUAGCUAGUGGGAAACGUUCAUGACAGCGUUUACUAACCUUUAAUUUUGUAUAAAAGCAAAAAUUAUAUUGGAGAUCUUGCCUCCUCGGCAGCCACCUUCAGCAAACAUGUUUUAUGUGUCGGUUGGCCCUCCUCCUCUAAGCCGCAGCAGUAUGUAACUUUUCUAUAGCCGAAGUAUUCC